GUGCGACGAUGUCCUCGAGAAAAGAAAAGCCGGCUCACUCGCUCAUUGCAGGAUCGUUGGCAGGUGCCAUCGAAGCAUUCGUCACUUAUCCCACCGAGUUCGUAAAAACCAGAUCUCAGUUUGGAGGACAGCGAGAAUCUCCAAUUUCGAUCAUACGCACCACCGUCCGAGAAAAAGGCAUCACAGGAUUGUAUUCAGGAUGUUCGGCACUCGUCAUCGGGAAUUCUGUCAAGGCUGGCGUCAGAUUCGUCACGUACGACCACUUCAAGUCCUUGCUGGCAGAUAAAGAGGGCAAGGUCAGUCCGCCACGGAGUCUCCUCGCUGGACUGGGGGCCGGGAUGACGGAGGCUAUCAUCGCAGUGACACCCUCCGAAACGAUUAAGACGAAACUCAUCGAUGACGCGAAACGUCCAAACCCACAGUAUCGCGGACUCAUACAUGGUACCGUAUCCAUCGUCAAACAAGAAGGUAUACUAGGCAUCUAUAGAGGUCUUUUCCCCGUCAUGAUGCGUCAAGGCGCUAAUUCUGCGGUCCGAUUCACGACAUACACGACGCUCAAACAAUUUAUCCAAAGCACCGCACGACCUGGUCAGUCAUUACCGACUGGAAUCACAUUCGGGAUAGGCGCUAUAGCAGGCCUUGUGACGGUCUACGUCACACAACCGCUCGACGUGAUUAAAACCCGGAUGCAGUCCCUGACAGCAAAACAACAAUACAAGAACUCGUUCCAUUGCGCGUAUAGGAUACUGACGGAGGAGGGCGUGCUGAGGUUUUGGACGGGUACGACGCCGAGAUUGGCACGGUUAAUUAUGAGUGGAGGCAUCGUGUUCACGGUGUAUGAGAACGUCAUUCGGUUGAUCGGGACGGGAUCCUCAGAGGGAGAUAAGUAGUUGCAUACGCUCUCUGUCUGUCAUUCGACACCAGCACAUCGGAUAGUCAAUGACUAAAUGUUACAUUGAACGCCACCGAGGACAGGGCCGACGGAUUCAAUCCCCUUCAGUGCCCUCGGUACUCGACGUCCGACCCCAAUCGCAAUUAUGUAUCAUAACACUCAGCCCUGCUAGUGUGCUGAGGCACACCCUCACGCCCUACGGUAAAAGAAGACUCAAGAGAAUUGCAGGGGAGAGCACGGCCACGGCUUGGACAGUCUAUGAAAGUCGGCUCAAUUUUGCCAAUGCCAACGUCACUGACAUAAAUAAGAGGAGAGGUUUUCAGCAAGGUCAAUCCCC